AUGUCGGGGGUGUGGAAGGAGGAUGGCUCCUAUGAGUUCGCCCCGGGCGAGCGCGCACGCCUGAAAGGCAAGGAGAAGGGCAAGGGGAAGGACAAGGGCAAGGGCAAGAACGAGAAGGGCAAGAAUGAGAAGGGCAAGGGCAAGAACGAGAAGGGCAAGGGAAAGGAGAUGACGGCGGCGGAGCGGCUCGCCUUUGCGCAGGGCGCCCUCCACGCAGAUGGCCCAGCGGCCAAAAAGCCCCGGCUGGACGGGCAAGCGGAGGAGGAAGAAGAAGAGCUCCCGGAGUUUGACUUUGAGAAGGACUGGAAGGACAAAUCCGUGACGAUGCUCAACCUCAAGGGAGCCAAAGAUCUGAAUGGGCUGAUGGGCGUUGUCAAAGAGUACAACGAGGACACCAAGCGCUUCCUGGUGCUGGUGGACGGCAAGGGCGAGAAGAGCAUUAAGAUGGAGAACAUCUUCAAGGUGAUGACCGGGUGCAUCGUGAAGCUCCGGGGCUUGGACUCGGCGGAGCUGAACGACAGCAUCGGGGAGUGUGGGCGGUUAGAUGUGGAGACCCUGCGCUACGACAUCACCUUGUCCGACGGUCGCCAUGUGAAGGCCAAGCCGGCGAAUGUGGAGCUGGUGGCAAAGUUCGAGUCUGCCAAGGUGGCAGGAGACACGGAACAGCUGCAGCGCAUCCGGGCGGCCAAUGGCCUCAGGGAUCGCCUCACGGCCGUGGAGGAGUUCGAGUUCCCCUCGCCGAUGGUGCUGCCGGCCAGCGCUCUAGAGGAGUAUGCCACGAAGUUCCCCAAAGCCGUGGUCAUCGGCCGCUCCAACGCGGCGAAUCCCAAGGGCGCCCAGAGCCUGGCGCGGGAGGUGGAAGACAGCGGCGCCGGCUUCGGGCCGCCCAUGACAGGCCUGUUGCCGCUUUUUACGAUGCUGGGGGUGCUGACGCUGGCGGCGUGGAACUUCUACUUGACCGCCGUAGGCUUCUUCGAGAUGUGGUUCCCCGGCAUGCAGUGGGCCUUCAUCGCCUCUAUGACCUACCAGGCCACGAACGUGGUGGGCACAUCGCUCAUGGUGAAAUUUGGCCAGCGCCUGCCUUUUCGCUUUACCUAUUGCGCGUCUCUGGCGAUGCAGAUGGCCAUGAUCCUAUUAAUGCCGAUGCUCGCAUUCUGGACCCCGCUGGAGGCCCAUGGCGAUGAGGUGACACCCUCCCAUUGGGGCUUCGCGCUGGCCCUGAGCUGCUGCGCAGUGCUGGGCCUCGCAGAGAGCUGCUUCACCUCGCUGAUCUGCGGGCUGGCGGGGUCCAUGGGGGACCCCAGGCUCAUGGGGGGCAUCAUGGCCGGCCAAGGCAUCGUGGGAGUGAUCUCCCCGAUACUGCUGAUCGGGCUGAAGUUCCUCUCCGGAGACCCGAUGCUGUGGAAGUACCAGGUGGUCUUCGGUUUCUUUGGGUUCUGCGCGGGUCUGCAGCUGCUGGGGCUCUGUCUGGUGCGCUUUGUGCCGGCGUCCUACCAGGAUCACCGGAGCGCUGAGGCGAACAUGGUGGAGGUGGUGCACUCCUUCACCUCCGGCGGCUCCCGGGCCGCCGGGGCCGGGCUUUUGGAGGCCCAGCGGGGCGCCCGCGCGGUGCUGAAGGAUGUGUCGCCGCAGCUGGUGAACAUCGCCACCGUCUUUGUGGUGACCUUCAUCGUCUUCCCCGGGGUGGCGGCUACCUGGAAGCCCCAGCUGGAGUUCUUCACCUCCAAAGGCAAGCUAGGCAACGACUGGUACACCACGCUGGUCGUGGGCGUCUUCCAGAUCUUCGACGUGGUGGGCCGCGCCACCCCCCAGGGGCUGGAGAAGAUCGGGGUGAACUGCUCCCGGCUCUUCAUCCCCGUGUGGCUGCGGGUGCUCUUCAUCCCGGCCUUCAUGGCCCUUCAGCGGUGCCCCAACUCCAUCGCCGCGCCCUGGCAGGACUACUUGGCCUUCUUGACCAUGGCGCUCUUCGCAGCCUCCAACGGCUGGUGCAGCACGCUGGCCAUGAUGUACGGGCCUUCGCAGGUGAAGCACCCAGACGAGCAGCACCGCGCCGGGGUAAUCAUGGAGCUGGGCCUCAUCCUGGGCAUCUUCGCAGGCUCAGUGUUGGCGCUGCUGACUCAACUGGGGCUGCACUGA